UACAUCCAAUAACUUUACCUCUCAAGUCCCACCACAAAAUACAUGCUAUCAAGUCUAUUAGUUUGAGUGUAGUUUCUGUGGAUAUCAACCUCAUAAUCUGCAACAAAAUGGCCUUAGCAAUUCUUUCCAGUACUGCAUUUUCGAGUCUUCGAGUCAGGGAAGUACCGAGACAGAGUAUUACAGGAAAUGUUGGAAGAUUUUCAGUGGAAGCAAGAGGAGGAGGAAGUCGUCUGAAUGCCGCGAAAGGAGUUUCAAGUGUUUGUGAGCCACUUCCUCCGGAUAGGCCUGUUUGGUUCCCUGGCACCACCCCUCCCGAGUGGCUUGAUGGCAGUCUACCUGGAGAUUUUGGCUUCGACCCUCUGGGAUUAGGUUCGGAUCCUGACCUGCUAAAAUGGUUCGCACAAGCUGAGCUAAUUCAUGGCAGAUGGGCAAUGCUAGCAGUUGCUGGCAUUCUCAUACCAGAAUGGCUUCAAAGCCUAGGCUUCAUCGACAAGUUCUCUUGGUAUGAAGCUGGUUCUGUUAAGUACUUUGCAGACCCAACUACUUUAUUUGUGGUUCAACUAGCACUGAUGGGAUGGGUGGAAGGACGAAGAUGGGCAGAUAUAAUUAAUCCAGGGUGUGUUGAUAUUGAGCCCAAAUUACCACACAAGAAAAAUCCAAAGGCUGAUGUUGGUUACCCUGGUGGCUUAUUUUUCGAUCCUUGGAUGUGGGGAAGAGGCUCUCCAGUGCCUGUGAUGGUUUUGAGGACAAAAGAGAUAAAAAAUGGGAGACUGGCUAUGCUUGCUUUUCUUGGGUUUUGUUUUCAAGCCAUUUACACAGGACAAAGUCCCCUUGAAAAUUUGGCAGCACAUAUUGCAGACCCUGGCCAUGUCAAUGUCUUUUCGGCUUUUACAUCACAGUACUGAUUUAUUGGUGAUGGCAAAAGACUGAAGUAUCUGCUCAGAUUUAUACUAGUAUCAAGAAAUUGUACAUACAUGAUAUAACAUUGAAUUUUUUAGAGAUUUCAUCUCCUCAAAUUUUCAUAGCAACAGAAACCAUGAAUCCGAAUCAGUGAGGUCUGUGUACACCAUUUGGAAACCGUGUUGUGACUAUGUAGUUCUGCAAAAAAGACACACAGUAGAGACGGUAAGGUAUUCUAUUUUCCUGAACCUGCAUUUUUCAGCAGUCCUGCGAAAUGUAACUAGAACCAUUCUUCUUAUGAAUCGAGUAACCACUGUAACUAAAUUAGAAAAGCAUAUAAAAUCAAUAGAAAUUGUUUUUAUUGGC